ACCACGUGCUGAGAAGAGCGACCUCGCCUUCAGCAACCUCAUUUCGGAGCUCAUGGAGGCUCCAGAAUACCCAACCUUUCUGAACGCUUUGUCGAUUGCGGCUAAGAAGGCUCAGGCAGAAUCUGUUGAUAACUUCCUGGGGACACAUCCUCCUAAGAGGAAGAGUUCCACUGAAG